GGCGCCAGCUAUACAGAAAGAGUCAGAGGAAGACAUCAGCGCAGUUCAGACGCAAGCAAGCUAGCAGCCCGGAGCUAUCAUUAGUGCAGAGCUCACACAUAGUUUUUCAUCAUCCCAAAAAUCCGAAGACAAAGAGAAAACCUUGAUUGCAGACCAAGACUCCAUCACUGCACAGCUAACAUCCCGAGGAGAGCUUUCCCCCAAGUUCCCUAAAAGUAAUCAUCCGGCUGUAAAACGGAGGUCGUGGGGCUGGAGUGUGUUCUCAUGGCUGAGUCAGAGACUGAAUGUGACACUCCCGGCCUUGACACGCUGGGGUCGGAGUGUGUCAUAGCCCAUAGCCAGGUCGACCUUCACUAUGCAGCAGAAACAGAGAUUAUGACUGAGGAGAAGCGUGGUUUGGAGCUGGAGAUCCACGGCUCUGACCUAGCCAAAAUCCAGGGCCUGGGUUCAGAGCUCGGUGCUGUGGCCUGUGUGGAUGCCAUUGUUGCAGAGACGGAUCAUGACUACACCAAGGUGGAACAUGCAGAAAUGCAGUGUUAUACGGGGGCAGAUAUCAAAAGUGGGCCUAAUGAAGUUCUGUUGGGCGAGGUGUUACUUAAAACUGAGUCUGAGCAUGUGGUCAAGGUGGAGUCUGACCAUGGUGGUGAGCUCACAGUGGAGUCUGAGAAUGGCGUCGUCAUCCACGAGGCCCACGGCCUGCAGUGCAACGAGUGUGGGGAGAUCUUUGGCAGCAUGGCUGAUCUCCACCAGCACUUUGAGAUCCACAAGGACCUCAACCCUUACAUAUGUGUGCACUGUGGUGAGAGCUUUGCUGUGGAGGCUAGUCUUAAGCAGCACAUGAAGAUACACAUGAAAGAGAAGGCCUAUGUCCCCACCGGUGUGGAGAUGGUUGGAAAAGGUGUUGUUGACGCUUUCAACCUCAAGUCCCAUCAAAUGAUCCAUUCCACAGAGAAGCCCCACAGAUGCUCUGAGUGCGGUAAGAGUUUUGCAGCAGCCAUUACUCUCCGAGAACACAUGAAGAUGCACUCGGAGGACAAGCCCUACAAGUGCACCCAGUGCAGGAAGAGCUUUGUCCGCAGAAGACACCUGAAGAAGCACCAGGAACUCCACGCUAGGGAGAAGCCGUACACCUGCGCCCAGUGUGGCAAAGGCUUUACCACUGCUUCCAACCUGAAGCAGCAUCAGAAGACCCAUGCGGGCGACAAACCCCACAGGUGCACUCAGUGUGGGAAGUGCUUUGCGGCUGCAGCCACCCUCAGAGAGCACCAGAGGAUCCACUCCGGAGACAAGCCCUACAAAUGUAACCAGUGUAGGAAGAGCUUUGUCCGCAAGCGCCACCUGAAGAAGCACCAGCAGGUCCACAUCGGAGGAAAGCCCUACACCUGUGCCCAGUGUGACAAGGGAUUCAAUCAUUCCUCCUCGCUGUCUCGACACCACAAGACCCACCAGGAUUCCAGGAUGUACUCGUCUCCUCCCUCUGGGAAGGCAGCUUUUUACGGCACCACCCUGAAACAAAGGAUCCAGCAAGGCCAGGGUGAAAAACCAUACACUUGCAACCACUGCGACAAGGGCUUCAAUCAUUCCUCCUCCCUGUCCCGCCACCAAAGAGUCCACUCUGAGGGGAAGAGUUACACGUGCGCGCACUGUGGGAAGAGGUUCAAUCACUCGUCCUCUCUGUCCAGACACCAGAGAGUCCACGUGGAGGAGAAGCAGCAGGCGCAGGCGCAACAUCAGCAGCAGCAGCAGCAGUACAGCGCCAUCCCCUCAGGAAAGGGAUUUCCCCACACCACCAUCCUUAAACAGCGCAUACUGGGCAGUGAAAAGCCCUACAGAUGCUCCCAGUGCGGAAAAGGCUUCAAUCAUUCGUCCUCCCUUUCCAGGCACCAUAGGAUUCACAUAGAUCAGUGAGCUGAAUCACUCCCCUACCCCCCCCCCAUCUCCAUUUCCACAUACGGAUCCCCCACAACCACCCAUGAUCAAUGAAUCUGCAAGUUUGUCUGUAUAGAGCAGUCAAAACAAAUGGACAACGACAAAAAAGUCUUGAGGUCAACAAAGUUCUGAAACCGAAGGACUUCACUUCCUAGCUCACAGCUUUUGCAAUUGGUUGGUUGAAAAGUUCCUGGGACAGCCGAUUAGUUGAUUUGAAUAAAUUGUGUGAUGAUAGACACUGAAUGAGACUGUAUUCUCAUUUGUGAUUGUGCUUAACUUGCUCCAGAGCCUCUGAUCGCUUUUUAAAUGUGAUUUGAUAAUCUAGAUGAUGAAAAUAUUCCCAGAAAAUGCUUUCCUCUCCCUGUGCCUGCUUUCUUUGAUAUAAGGAUUCAGUUCAAGUGUGUCGUUGGCACAAGGGGAAUUGUGUAAUUAAACAAAAACGAAGGCAGAGUUUAUAGAUAACCUAACCCUGCUUUAGUUUUGAGGUCAAGCCCUCACUAGCCUACUGAUGCAAAUAGUGGUCUGGCAAAAUCAAACUGCCUUGAUCAAACAAAUUAGCCAUUUACCCAUUGUAAUGUUUUCACCCCAUUUCACCUUCUGUAUCUUAUAUGAAGCAGACAAAGAAAUCCUAUGUAAAUAAUUGUUGAUUUUCUUUUUUAUAUAUAUGUAUAGGUAGUGUGCUGUUUUGUUCCAGAUGACAUUUUUGAUAGUGAGAUCCACUUAGUCUCCCUCCUUUUACUUUAAAAAAGUUCUUUACAUUUUGUGUUAGCUACCAGGAAAUGCAAGCGCUCUCCUUGAUUUUGGCUAUUAUCCAGAACGCUCUAUCAGGUUAAAUUAAUGGUGUGUGUUGGUAUUUGAGUUCAGUUCAGUACUUUACUACCGAACAGACUGCAGCGAGAGCAAUACUCCUAGUGCUAAAGUGGGACGCAAUUACAAAUGGGAAGCAGGAAAUGCAUAGAAAAUAAAACCAUUUGGUAGCAUUAUUUCAAGUCAACUUGCGUCCAGAUUAUUUCCUAUUCAUUUCCCUCUACUCAAGCACCAAAUGUAUAUUACUGAGAUGUAACGACACAAAUGUUAAAGAAUUAUUUCUUGCUAUGACUUUGGAGAGAAAUUUAAUUAGCAAUGUAUAGAAUAGAGGUCAUUCUUAAUAUCACACUGCAGAGCUGUCAAAAUUGACAUUGUAAUAGAAUAUUAUGUAUACCUAUCAAGACAUGACAGGAUUAUAGCUUGAUUUAAUAGAAAUGCCCUCCUUGAACUCCACAACACGGCGCUCUAUUUACUGUUCCAUGUACGUCUUUUACAAACUGAUGUAUUUUUUUAGAUAUGGUUUGGGUCAUUUGAAAGGGAACGGGGAUACUGUUUUUAUGGGAGUGAACAUUAUUUUGAGCAAUAUUUACUUUUUUGGACAGCAAUUGUGCUUUAAAAACCGUAGCAUAGGCUUUUUUCCUUGUGUUAGAUAGGUGCCUUAUUGCAUGCUGAUGUAGAAAUGUAUGCCGAGCUGUUAUCAGAAAAAAGUCAAAGGUUUUGGCAACUUCUCCUUUGUGUUUUGUAUCCAUACUAACUUACCCCACAUUUUAAUUUUGAAUUAUUGAUACUUAUUCCUACUUUUGCUUUUAUGUAUAUUACCAUGUGUUUACACUGUUGCUAUCAUUAUUGUCUUUUAAUUUGUCCCUGUCUUAUUUGAUUGGCCUCACUGUAGAUUUCUUAGAGGUUGAAUUAAGAAAAAAAGGAAGUAACAAUGUAAUUAAUCCACGUAGGCUUCUAUGUAAAGGCCCUACUCUGUACCAUUUCUCCCAGAUCUGAAUGGCGCACACAUGGAUAAAUAAAGAUUGUUCACUGUCAGCCUCUUC